ACGGCUCAUAGAUAAUACGACGUUUGAACUUAGUCUUAUAGCGUAAAAAUAAAGACAAAUCAAUUGCGAAGUUUGCAAAGUUAGUUUUUACCAGAAUUUUCGUGUGCUACCAGUUGGAAUAUUGAUGGUUUUACGUGAAAAAAAAAAACCCUUCAUAUCUCUUUAUCGAUCCUAAACGACGCAAAAUCUCACCUCUUUUGGUCGUUUUUUAUGGCUACAGUACGAUAACCAGUUCCGUAGCAGUCCUAGUUCCGUAUCACUCAGCAUUUGUAGAUUGUAGAUUUGAACAAUCCAAAACUACCUAAAUAAUGCAAAACUAUUAACCUUUCCUGAGAUAUAAAUCAAGCUUUUUUCAUCCAAAUGGUUUGUUCAGAAAGUAUCGUUAUUUCGAAGCGGCGUUUACUGCACAGUGAACUGACCGGCGUCACGAAAGUCAGAUGAAAACAAUACCUCCUUUAACAAAAAUGUCCUAUUUUUUAUACGGAUGCUGAGAAGAAAGAAUGUCUGGUAAUGUGUAUGGUUUUUUUUUUCUGGCUUGAUGCGAUUUUUUCGAUUUACAUUGCUUUUAGUUUUUCGUGCUUCCCGGAGGACGUGGGAAUAGUUCCGUAUCACCCUGCGCCCAUAGUUUGUUUUUGGUUUGACUGCAGAUAUAAAGCGGCGAAAAGGAUUGAUUUGAUUAUCCCGUUCUCAAUUAAUCAUUUUAUUCCAGUAUAUGGGUAAAAACGUAAUGUUAAUUCUAAACGGUUAAUUUUUAUAAUUUGGGCCUUUUAUUUCUGUCAGUCGGAUGAAUAAAGAACUUCAUUUUAAAGACAACCCUCUUUGAUAUUAGUUAGCGCUCGAUAAAAUAUUAUUCUAUAUUAAAAUAAUUACUGAAACUGUAAUUGAUAUAUUGAAUAAAACGGCCAAGAUUAACCAUAGCUAAAUCAUUAGCUGGCUAGCUUACAAAGGGAUAUGGGAGAUGGUUAUUGCAGAACUCUUUAAAGAAUUCAACAACGCAUUGGAGGCCGUAGAUUCACUUUUUGUUGAGCUCUCGUGCACGAAAAUUAUCAAAAUAAAUCACCCAAUUCUAGGCUCACCUUAUAAUCUACAUUUUUGCAUUUUGUCUAUUUUGCCGUCUCAGUAUCUGUGUAGGUUGUGGCAUUUAUUUUGGAAGAUUUAUAUCACACCGUUUUGUUUCUUGCAAUAUGGAUUUGUUAGCGACACGCGAGCAAAAGCCCAUUGACGAUUGUUGGUUUGUUAACCUGCUGCAUUGCGUUAAAACCAUUUUUAUAAAUAAAUUAAGAGCAAAAAGGAAGGGAUGUGAUAUGUUAUCCAGUAAAUAUGUUACUCCCACAAUGUGCAAACAGAAAAUACCAUAUAAAUCAAUAAAAUUUGAAAAUGUGUAGUCUUUUCUGUUCAUAUUAUAUGCAUAAGUAAAUUUGUAGGCGUCUAAGAAAAAAAUCAUGAGCAUUGGGCCCUCCGCCAAAGGAUAGAGCAAUGUUAAUAUGAAGUGAUACGGAACUGGUUAUCGUAUACUGUAUUGUCUAAAUUGCGAAAUGGAAUGUGAUCACACUUCGCUUGACAAAAAUUCAAAUUUCAUAUUCAAAAUAAAAUUAAAUAUUACAUUUCUAGACUUGUCCACUUAAAAUGUUUCUAUUUAAAGAGAAAUAGUUCUAUACCAAGCUUUGUGCGCUCUAAAAUACGAGCAUUUUCAUCAAUGCGCGAGAAUAAUUUAUGCACUUGCGUGGACAGCAAAUCACUAAUUUAUCAACUGCAAUAGUUUUAUUCCAGUCGAAUAAAAUAGAGGAACCUCGUGUUUAAGGUGUGCGUAACACUAAAAUCGGCUGCUAAGCAGACUACACUGCAAAAUAUUCGGAUUUUAAAUAUAGUAUUUCUGACUUUCAGAUUUUUUUAAAACUUCACUGUCUAAGGGGUAUGGUUUGAACAAAAGUUUCCGCGUAUGGUGAGUAUUUGCAAAAUCUAAAAGACAUCAUCCAUUGUUAAGCGCUAUUAGCGCUAUGGUAACAAAAUUCAAUCCUUACUUGACAAAUGCUCUAAAUCUUAAAUUCCAAGCUUUGCGCAAUCGGGAAACUGCAGCCCCUAACGCUAACGGUACUAAAAAACUGCAGGCAGCUUUCUGCAAAAACAAUUGUAGAUCUAUUGUUUCCCGCAUCAAGCGGACUUUAAUUUGAAUCACGUGUGUGUAGAAAUGUCGGUGACAUUAUUGAGUAAUGGUUAAUUAAUCAUUCAGUGCUCUACUUCUCGCCAGCGGGGAAGGGGCGGCUCGUCGAAGAAGAAAACAUGAUUUCAAACUUAAUGAGAAAACAACGUGUCUUGUUCUUGUGCUUAUUGUUAUGCAUCUUACUUGUGACAUUUAUCAACCUGGGCGCAUUGAAAACUCCUACCCGUUUCCUCGUGUCACAGGGAAGACCGAGGACUCAGCAUGAUACCGAUUUGUUGUUGCCUGAAAGUGUUCAAGCUGAAAAUACGAACAUGAGUCGCACAUUUUGCUCAAUGACUUACGAACACGGCCCCAUGUGCCCUUCACUCUACAUAGACAUAGAAGGAAGUACGUGCGAGUGGCGUAAUGCGAGCCAAACUGCUUGGAAUUGUAGCGAUAUAAGAACGGCUGCAGCGACAGACUUGCGCCAGGCGCAACUCGCUAUGACUCGCAUGCUGAGAGUGUUCGAUUUGGUUUGUAGGAAGCACAAAAUAAAAUACUGGAUCACAUCAGCUACGCUUUUAGGAGCUGCGAGACACAAGGGCUUUAUUCCGUGGGAUUCUGAUGCAGAUAUAGAGAUUCCUUUAGAAGAUUAUGAGCGGUUUUUCAAGAUCGCCAGUCAAGAUCUGCCGGAAGAUAUCUUUUUCCAAAACAGCGAAUCGGACGUCAAUUUACGGCCCGAUAAUGAAAGCUACGAGCGAAUGAAAUACAAAGAUAUCGGGUUGUACAGAAGAACUUAUAAUCCGAGACUGCGAGAUAGAAAUAGCUGUUAUAAAUACUGCUUGGCCCACGGGUGUACAUGGCAUGAUGGACUCAUGGUCGACAUGUAUGUCGUAGAGAAAGCGCCUAAAUCCUACUUUCCUUUGAAGGAAUUGGUAUUCGAAGGGUUUAACUUAGUAGUUCCUAAUAACUGGAAGUCAGUUCUAAAAAAUAAAUACGGUUCAGGCUAUAUGGAUGUCCCUGGUGAAGGCAGUGAAAACAGAUUUCGUUGGGAUUGGCCAGAUCCAAUUCAUAGCUGCGAAUCACUGGCGAAAAAGAGUUGAAAAUUAAUAUCAGAAACAUGUCGACCCUGGCAAUACUCAGUAAAUAUCCGUCAUAAUAUUUUUUUUCAUACUGCUGAGGAAAAGAACAAGACAACAAGAACAAUAAAACAAUAGAUGCCCAGAAAAACGUGUCUUUCUGACAAUCAACGUUAAUAACUGCACUAAUUAUAAUUACACAUAUGUAUAAAUAGAACAGCUGGAUAAUAUUCACGAUGUAGUCUAAACAAAGACCUGUAAGGACCCGAAAUGAUCCCAGGACCCGAAACGACACCGAGGAGUCCCCGAAAUCAACCCCAAGGAAUUGCGGUAAUGGACAAAGGGAAAGCAGAAGAAAUACUUGCAAUUCUUGAAGCAUAAUUAAGGGUUGACAGCGACUCAAUUUCUAAACAACGUGACUUAAAAAUAUUAAAUUCCAAUACAAUACUUCUAUUUAUUAAAUUGCCCGGCGUUAAACACAUAAACAGAGUUCAAAACAAAUACACAACUUUCAAUUGCUACUGUAAGGAAUACAGCAUAAACAUAGCACAGCUUUGCUCAGAUCAACCAAACGGUUCCGACACAUGACUCUCAUUUCCGGUAAACAUCACCCCUAAAAAUUAAUAUUCAUUUGACAACCAGCAUGUCCUAUCCUUUCUUUUUGGCUUGUUAUGUAAAGAUGAUUUAUCCA